CCUACCAACUGUCAAACAGCGUCGGUCGAAAAACUCAAAAAUCGGUGAUGUGAUAGGUUGCCGGUGAAUAUUGUAAUUAAAUAAGUUUUAUUCGUCUAAUUUAUGUAAACCUUCAUUCAUGUAUUUUAUAUAAAGCUCCAAACUCAUAUUGAAGCUGAAAUAUAUCUUCCACGAUGACCGCGGAAGCACCGAAGCUGAAAAUGCCGCAUUUAUCAUCCGAUAAGCAGCUUACAUUUAUUAAACUUGCUGUGUUGUCCAUGGCAGCAAUUUUAUCAUUUGCCACAAGAUUAUUCUCUGUUCUUCGCUUUGAGAGUGUUAUUCACGAGUUUGAUCCAUACUUUAACUAUCGUACCACAAGGUACCUAACAGAGGAAGGAUUUUAUAACUUCCAUAACUGGUUUGAUGACCGAGCAUGGUAUCCUUUAGGAAGAAUCAUUGGUGGUACCAUCUACCCUGGUCUAAUGGUGACUUCGGCCACACUGUACAACAUAAUGCAGUUCCUGAACAUCACUAUAGACAUCCGUAAUGUCUGUGUGUUCCUCGCGCCAUUCUUCUCCUCGCUCACCACUAUUGUCACCUACUUGUUGACUAAAGAGCUCAAGGAUGAAGGUGCAGGGUUGGUAGCGGCAGCCAUGAUAGCCAUAGUGCCGGGCUACAUCAGCCGUUCUGUUGCUGGCUCCUAUGACAACGAGGGCAUUGCCAUAUUCUGCAUGCUACUCACUUACUACUUCUGGAUCAAGGCUGUCAACACUGGAACUAUUCUGUGGGCCACCCUCACUGCUUUGGCUUACUUUUACAUGGUAUCAUCAUGGGGAGGCUACGUGUUCCUCAUCAACUUGAUCCCGCUCCACGUGCUGGCCCUCAUGUGUCUGGGGCGGUUCUCCGCGCGAGUGUAUGUGGCCUACAGCACUCUGUAUACGGUCGGCACGAUACUGUCCAUGCAGAUCAGCUUCGUCGGCUUCCAGCCCGUGCAGAGCUCCGAGCAUAUGCUGGCUCUCGGCACAUUCGGCCUGUGCCAGUUAUACGCGUUCGCUCAGUACCUCCGCUCCAAGAUGUCUCCGGCCAACUUCGAGCUGCUGUUCAAGGCUCUGGUGACGGCGCUGCUCGCCACGCUCGGCACGGGCGUUGUCGUGCUUACUGUUACUGGAAAAAUUUCACCAUGGACUGGACGAUUCUACUCGCUUCUCGACCCUUCGUAUGCUAAGAACCACAUUCCUAUUAUUGCAUCAGUCUCCGAGCACCAGCCGACAUCCUGGUCGUCGUUCUACUUCGACCUGCAAGUGCUGGUGUUCCUGUUCCCGGCCGGGCUCUACUUCUGCUUCAGCAAGCUCACCGACGCCAACAUCUUUAUCAUCCUGUACGGAGUGCUCAGCAUUUACUUUGCGGGCGUCAUGGUGCGUCUCAUGCUUGUGUUAGCGCCAGUAAUGUGCAUCGUAUCCGGAGUCGCCGCGUCGUCGCUUCUGAGCCUUCACGUUAAAGACAUAGAGCCUAAAGUUGAAAAGCACGAGAUCAAGAAGAAGAAGCAUGAGAACAAUUUGGUAUUCAGGUCUGAGGUGGGCGCAGUGUUCGUGUGCGUGCUCUCCUUCUUGCUCAUCACGUACGUGUUCCACUGCACGUGGGUGACGUCGGAGGCGUACUCGUCGCCCAGCAUCGUGCUGUCGGCGCGCGCGCACGACGGGGCGCGCAUCAUCUUCGACGACUUCCGCGAGGCCUACACGUGGCUCAAGAUGAACACGCCCGAGGACUCAAAAGUGAUGUCAUGGUGGGACUACGGCUACCAGAUAACGGCGAUGGCGAACCGCACAGUCAUAGUGGACAACAACACGUGGAACAACACGCACAUCUCGCGCGUGGGGCAGGCCAUGGCGUCCGGCGAGCAGAAGGCCUACGAGAUCAUGACGCAGCUCGACGUCGACUAUGUGCUCGUCAUAUUCGGCGGGCUCGUGGGGUACUCUUCUGAUGACAUAAACAAGUUCCUGUGGAUGGUGCGCAUAGGGGGCAGCACCGAGCACGGCGCGCACAUCAAGGAGGCGGACUACUACACGCCGGGCGGCGAGUUCCGCGUGGACGCCGACGGCAGCCACACGCUGCUCAACUGCCUCAUGUACAAGAUGAGCUACUACAAGUUCGGCCUCGUCUACACUGAGGGCGGCCGGCCGCCGGGCUUCGACCGCGUGCGGGGCUCCGAGAUCGGCAACAAGGACUUCAACCUGGACGUGCUGGAGGAGGCGUACACCACGGAGCACUGGCUCGUGCGCAUCUACAAGGUCAAGCCGCAGCCCAACCGCGGCGUGUGAGGGUAGAAUUGGCCCUAGUCACCCUACAAGGCCGGUUCUCAAGGCAGGCCCCCCAUUUUCGGUCUACCGACAUCAUAACAAAUGACUUAAAAAUCUCCAAGAAUACGAAAUAUGUCGUGUGUUGAGAUGAUUUCGAGAGAACGAAAAUCGGGGGCCAGAAAUGUUGAAUUCGAUUCAUGGUCAUCCGUUUUAGUGUGAGUUCAACGUUUUCUCUGCCUUUAGAACUAGGCUCAAUGUAAGUUCAUAGUAUUAAAUAACGAUUUAGAGUCAUUGCAGUUGAACAAGUUGACAAGGAAAUCAGUCUCAAUUUAUGAUACAAACUUGUUAAAUAGUUAAGCCUUUGUUUCGAUUAUAACUAUAACUAAAAUUCAACUGUUGUGAACGAAAAAUAUUCUAAAUCAGUACUUAAUGCUAUGGACGAUUGUUUUAAGACAAGUUGUAAGUAAAAACUGCGCUAUUUCAUUAGAACUGACAUUGUUUACAUACUGAGUCAACUUUUAGAUACUAUAGGUUCCUUGCCAGAUGAAGUGGCAGUGCCGUUUUUGCAUACAACUUUGUUAUUAAGAAUAUAUGAUUGCAAAUACGAGGAAAUGAAUGCAAUAAUAUGUGCAAAAUAUAUUGAUAAUUGGAAGCUAAAUAACUUCAAAGUGUAGUUAGAAAUGGUGUGUUCUAAGACGUAUGUAUGUAUAUUCCAGACAGUUUUUAUUACUAAGUAUAUUGUUUUUUUUAUUAGUUUCUCCAUUUACAAACUAGUUACACACUGAAGAACUAUGUGAUCAUAAUUUGUCUCAAUUUACAUUUUAAGAGGAAAGUGAUAGUCACAAAAAUGUUCCAUUUUCGAAAUCCCUAGUUGUUAGGUUAUAACAGAAUAACUGGUCACAAAAAUAAAUUAUCCAUUCUAAAAUAGUCACAAAAUUCAAACGUGUUCGAAAUAGUUAUUACUGAAGAGUCAAGUCACAAAAAUGUUAUUGCACAGUUAUAAUUUUAAUUAACUUGUUGCAAUAUUUUAUUUUUAUUUCUGCGCUACAUUGAUUUGCUAUCUCGUUCUUUGGGAUUUAGCAUUAGUCUUACGCAUUUUUAGAUGUUCUAAUUCAUGAUACCUACCAACAAAAACCUUUUUAUUUAACAUAAUUAUGGUGCGAUAGUAGCCGUAUAACAAAUACGCACACAUAACUUAGAUUUUAUAAUUGUGUAAAAAUAUCUUCCUUAUCUAAAUGCUUCUUAAAAUAUAGAUAAGUAGUAGGUAUAACCCAAAUUGACAUGACUGUGGUUAGAUCUUGUAAAGAAAGUUGUAGGCUUGGAGAAAAUGAAUGAAAGGUGUAUAAAAUCUUUUUUUAUUUUUAUUUGAAAUAAAAGUUCUAUGAAUAAUUUAAA